GAGGGAGACUUAUGCCCUAACUUGGCUCGAGCUUGAGCUCGCACUCGCAUGGACAAUUGGACAUAGCCCGAGAUGAGAUUGGUGCCGAUCGGUUCUUAGAAACGCCGGAAGACUUCCAUGGAGGUUGGAGGUAGCAGUGAAAGUCCAGAAGAACCGAAGAAAGGAAAAUCCAGGGCGACUAAAAAGGCCAAGGAAAGCGUUCUAAAGCAGAAAUCACCUGCGGAGUUUUUUGCUGAGAAUAAGAACAUUGCAGGAUUUGAUAACCCGGGGAAAUGUCUUUACACGACCGUCAGAGAACUUGUUGAAAACUCCCUUGAUUCGGCAGAAUCCAUCUCUGAGCUUCCUGUGAUAGAGGUAACAAUAGAGGAGAUAGGGAAAAGCAGGUUUAAUUCUAUGAUUGGUCUUAUUGACCGAGAGCGUGUUGAUGAGGAACUAUAUGAUGAUUAUGAGUCAGCUAAGGCUCGUGAGAAACGCCUUGCCAAGGAGGCUCGCAUUCAGGAAAUGCAAGCAAAGAAUGCUGCCCUUAGGAAGAAAGUUAAAGAACCUGCAGCUCCAAAGGGCACAAAGGGUCGGGGUGAGGCCUCAUUUUUUAGGGUGACUUGUAAGGAUAAUGGAAGAGGAAUGCCACAUGAUGACAUCCCAAAUAUGUUUGGACGAGUUUUAUCUGGGACAAAAUAUGGCUUAAAGCAAACACGUGGAAAAUUUGGACUUGGGGCAAAGAUGGCAUUAAUUUGGUCCAAGAUGAGUACAGGACUUCCAAUAGAGAUAUCUUCAUCAAUGAGGGGUCAAAACUAUACUUCAUUCUGCAGGCUGGACAUAGAUAUUCAUCGUAACAUUCCUCACAUUCACUUGCACGAAAAACGAGACAACAAGGAAAAGUGGCAUGGUGCAGAAAUUCAAGUUGUAAUUGAGGGCAACUGGACAACUUACCGUUCGAAGAUAUUGCACUAUAUGCGUCAGAUGGCUGUUAUUACCCCUUAUGCUCAAUUUCUUUUUAAAUAUGUCUCCGAUGCUGCAGAUAAAAAUGUCACUAUACGAUUUGCACGAAGAACCGAUGUUAUGCCACCAGUUCCUCUUGAGACAAAGCACCAUCCGUCUGCAGUUGAUUUACUACUAAUCAAGCGCCUUAUUGCAGAAACCUCUAAGCAGAAUCUAUUGCAGUUUCUUCAGCAUGAAUUUGUAAAUAUUGGAAAAUCUUAUGCUGAGCGUUUAAUUGGAGAAAUGGGCCCAGAUUUUAGUCCAAAAAUGGCUGUAAAAUCUCUUACAUCUCAGCAAAUAGUUCGCAUUCAUCAAUUAUUCCGUCAGGCUAAAUUUGAUGACCCUAGUGGUGAUUGUCUUAGUCCUGCAGGGGAGUAUAAUCUUCGGUUAGGAAUAAUAAAGGAGCUGCACCCCGAAAUGGUUGCUACUUAUUCUUGCAGUCCUCAAGUUUUUGAAGGCCAUCCGUUCAUUGUGGAAGCUGGAGUGAGUUUGGGUGGAAAAGAUGUUAAACAAGGGCUGAAUAUUUUCCGCUUUGCAAACCGCAUUCCACUUCUUUUUGAGCGAGGUGCAGAUGUUGUGACAAGGACUGCUCUGAAAAGGAUCAAUUGGAAUAGCUACAAGAUCAACCAGACACAAGACAAAAUUGGUGUUUUUGUGAGCAUUGUUAGCACAAAAAUACCCUUCAAGGGAACAGGAAAAGAAUAUAUUGGAGAUGAUAUAAGCGAGAUAGCUUCUGCUGUCAAGGUAUCUUCCAUCCAGCAAUGUUGUGUUCAGCUGAAGUCUAAAAUAGUGAAGAAAAUUCAAGCUCGUGAACAACAGGAGAGGAAGCGAAAUUUAAGCAAGUACAUACCUGAUGUAACAGCUGCCAUAUAUGAUGUAUUGAGAGAAACAGCUCAUCAGCAAGCAUCGAAGAAGAAGAAGCAAUAUGAGGAAAAGGAUACAGAACUUCUAACAAAGGUAUCAACUCGUAUUGUUACAGAAAAGACUCUACGGGAAAAGCUUGCUCAACAUGUUGAACAGGUGGAUUAUGAGAUGGCAUUAGAGUAUGCAACGCAGAGCGGAGUGAGUGAGGAACCCAGGGAAGACAUCUAUAUACGGGCAGUGGAAGGUGCAUACGACUUCAUUGACUUCCAUAGUCCCGUUUUUGUAUUUAGGCUUUUUAGCUAGUCAGGUCUUAAUAUUUUUAUAAUAAAAUAUUAAGGUGCAUAUGACUUCACCAGGCCAUUUUUUAUAUAUUUUUUCAUCGUAUCUAAUAAAUGAAGCAUAUAUUUGAAUUUGUAGUUGGUUGUAUCGUUGUGAUCAAUUCUGGUUUGUACAUCAUUACAUUCAUAUUGAUGGUGUUUUGGAACACAUAAUGCAUCACUCUGUGAUGAUGUAUUAAGGAGGAUCUGCUGCCUUUGAAUUGUGAA